GCAGACCUCUGUUAAAGAAGGAACAAAUGCUCCAUUUUACAAUGAGUAUUUUGUGUUUGACUUCUAUUGCCAUCAAGACAUCUUUUUUGACAAAGUCAUCAAACUUUCAGUAAUGCACUCAAAGAUCAUGAAGAGCUACUGUGUGGGAAUAUUCAAGAUCGAUGUUGGAACCGUUUACGCCCAGCCUGGCCAUCAGUUUAUCAAUAAGUGGGCCACAAUUACGGAUCCAGCAGACAUUCGCACAGGAGUGAAAGGUCACCUGAAGUGUGACAUCAGCAUUUCAGGAAAGGGAGAUGUUGCGCCACCAUCCCAGAAGUUCAGUGAUGCGGAGGAGCAGAUAGAAAAGAACCUCUUGCUUCCUGAAGGCUUAAACCCUGAGAGGCCAUGGGCUCGAUUUUAUGUGAUAGUGUACCGAGCCGAAGGUCUUCCUAGAAUGAACUCUAGUAUUAUGGCCAAUGUGACCAAAGCCUUUGUUGGAGACAACACAGCCCUCAUAGAUCCUUAUGUAGAGGUGUCCUUCUUCGGUCAAGUUGGCAGGACAUCUACUCAAAAGAGCACAGCAGACCCAGUGUGGAACGAGCAGGUGGUGUUUAAGGAGAUGUUUCCUCCACUGUGUCAAAGACUGAAGAUUCGGGUUCUGGAUGAAGGAAGCAUGAAUGAUGUGGCCAUUGGGACUCAUUACAUUGAUCUGCACACCAUCUCAAAUGACAAUGAUGGAGACAAUGGUUUCUUGCCCACAUUUGGACCGGCAUGGAUCAACAUCUAUGGCUCUCUUCGCAAUUCCGCACUGGUGGAUGACAGCCAGGAGCUAAACGAGGGUGUUGGGGAGGGGGUGUCCUACCGAGGCAGGGUUUACAUAGAGCUAAGUGUGGAAAUCCUUUCUGGAGGUGCAGCCGAAUCUAAAUCCCAGCUCUCAACAAAGAUCAGUCUGAAAGAUGUCAAGGGAGGGAAAGCCGUUGCUAAAGAUCCCAAAACUGGACCAGGGGCAGGAGGUGAGGAGGAGAAGAGCAAGACCAUAGGACCUGAGGUCAUGCCAGUGGAGCACCCAGAGAAGAUUGGUGAUGAAGACAUGGAAACCUUCCUGCUCUUUGGCUCUGUUUUUGAGGCCUCUAUGAUUGACAGAAGAAUCGGUGACAGACCAAUCAGCCUUGAGUUUACCAUUGGUAACUUUGGGAACUUAAUAGAUGGUGCUGCACCACUCCAUGCAAAGAAAAAGGUUGAAGACGUGUCAGUGACCACUCCUCUUCUGGACACUAUAGCAUCAAUCCCAUGCAAAUCUACUACAGCACCAGAGAAGCCCCUUUUUAGAGAUGCACAGAGGCACUACAUGUACCUGCCCAUCUCAACGCGAAAGCCGUGCAUGUAUGUUUAUAGCAGCUGGGAAGAUCGAGCAUACCGACUCCAUUACUCCAACAUGCUGGACACAACUGCCCUGAUGUUUGAGGAAGGAGUCGCUAAGGUGUCAAAACUGGAUAAAAUGUUGGAUCCAGAGGCUGAGACUCUCAUGCAACAUGUACUUCAAGAGUUCUGCAGGGAUGCCAGGGAGUUUAUUGCUUUUGCUGAAAAGAAGGUUAAGGGCGCCAACUUGACCUUAUUGGACAAAAAGAGACUCACUCUAUGCAAACAAGAACUGGAGAGCAUGACUGAAGUAGCAGGAGGAAUCCUUGAGCCAAAGAGAAGAUCUUUGACAGUCAAAGAGAUGCUGCAGGAAGUUCAGAAAAUCAAAAAGAAACUGAGAUUUCUGGUGGAAGAGCCUCAACACACAUUACCAGAUGUGUUUGUGUGCAUGGUCAGCAAUAACAAGCGUUUGGCGUAUGCCAGAAUCCCUGCUCGUCACCUGCUCUUCUCAGAAAGCCCAGAACAGAGAGGAAGAGACUGUGGAAAAAUCAAGACCCUGUUCCUCAAGCCUCCAGGGAAGCAUGGACCAGGGUGGACAGUCCAGGCUAAACUUGAUGUGUAUCUCUGGCUGGGAACUUGUGAGGAUUCAUCCCACAUGUUGGAGAAUCUCCCAUCAGGCUUUGAGCUGGAAAGACUGUCGUCUGAGGACACAAGCGGUCCUCCUCCUGAGAAUUUACUUUAUUCAGAGCAGCACAUGUUCCAGCUGAGGGCUCAUAUAUACCAGGCUCGUGGUCUCAUCGCAGCAGACAACACAGGCCUCUCAGAUCCCUUUGCCUGGGUGUCUUUUCUGUCCAAUAGCCAAAGCACUGGUAUCAUCAAGCAAACUUUGACACCCACUUGGAACCAGAUGCUUCUGUUCAAAAACAUUUCUCUGUGUGGAGGGCUCCAUGAAAUAGUCCAAGAGCCUCCAACAGUUGUGAUUGAAGUGUAUGAUGAUGAUGCAGUGGGUACAGAAUAUCUGGGGUCGACAGUGGCUCUACCAGUGGUCAAACUGUCAGAGGAGCGAUACUCCCCCCCUCAGCUGCAGUACAGCCCACUGUUCUGUGGAAGCCUGUCAGGAGGAGACAUACUGGGAGCCUUUGAACUCAUUCAGGUCUCACAGUCAGGUGAGGACACGCUCCCUGACGUAGAUGAGCCAGAUGGAGGGAUUUAUCCAGUUCCCUCAUACAUUCGACCUGUGCUUUGCAUGUACAGAAUUGAGGUUUUGUUCUGGGGCCUAAGAGAGCUUAAGAAAGUUCAGCUCUUAUCUGUUGAUCGGCCUCAAGUUUUCAUCAAGUGUGCAGGAGCAGGCGUCAACUCCUCAGUGAUUCAGAGUUACAAGAAAAACCCAAACUUCACAAUGCUUGUGGAUACCUUUGAUGUGGAGCUGCCUGAAGACGAACACCUGCUCCCACCUCUCACCAUCACUGUGGUGGAUUGGAGGGCCUUUGGGCGCAGCACACUUGUGGGGAGUCAUAUGAUUAACAACUUGGCCUUAUACAAACACACCCCCACAUUAACCCAACAGCCCCAACCAGAGCCCAGAAACACAGCAGUGGCUCUACUGGGCAUUCAGCAGAGUGUUGUGCCACUGGCAGAGGAGGAGUUUGCCAUAGAGAUUGAGCAGGAGAGGACACUAACCCCUCUCCCCAAAACUGAAUCGGAGUUUCAGGACAGGAAGCACGUAUCAAAGAAGAGCAAAUGGAGGUCUACAAAAAGAAAGAAACGCACCACGGCUGACGAGUCUGCUGAUAACGUCAUUGAUUGGUGGUCUAAAUACUAUGCAUCGGUGGAGAGGACCCACCUGGCAAAGCAAAAAGAAAACAAUCCAUUUCCACUGCUCUUUGACAAUGCAUCAGGUUUUAAGGACAGAAAAAAAGAGAUGAAUUUCAAGAGUGUGUCAGAACAGCCCAGACUUGCAACAUUACAGGUGUAUGACAAAGAGCUGGAGGCUGAGUUUGGGCCUUUUGAUGACUGGGUUAAAACCUUUGAACUCUAUCGAGGAAAGGCCAAUGAGGAGGAAGGCUCUGCUGAGGAAAGAUUUGUUGGGAAGUUCAAGGGCAGGUUCUGUCUGUAUAAGCUGCAAGAAACAGAUGAUGAUAAGGAAGAUGGAUAUUUGGAUUCUGGGCAGUUUAAGAUAAACCAGGGCAUACCUCCUAACACUGCAGUGAGCGUCUUAAUCCGUGUGUACAUAGUUGCAGCCUUCAACUUGCACCCAGCGGACCCAGAUGGCAAAGCAGACCCUUACAUAGUGCUGAAACUUGGGAAAACUGAAAUCAAAGACAGAGCCAACUACAUCCCAAAGCAGCUUAACCCAGUGUUUGGAAGAUCCUUUGAAAUUCAAUCCACUUUCCCCAAGGAGUCCCUGCUAACUAUUCUAAUCUAUGAUUAUGAUACUGUUGGUGGAGAUGAUUUGAUUGGAGAAACGCAUAUUGAUUUGGAGAACCGUUUUUACAGCAGGCAUCGUGCUACCUGUGGUCUGCCUACUGAAUAUGUAAUUGAGGGUUAUAACGCAUGGAGGGACUCCAUCAAGCCAACUGACCUGUUGAUUAAGCUUUGCAAGGAAAACAGACUGGACAAUCCUCGCUUCAGUCCUGGACGAAUUACCAUCGGAAACAAAGUCUUCAUGGGGAAAACUGCAUUUCCAGAUGAAGAUCAGAUGGUGGAGUCAUACGAACACCUGGCUUUAAAGGUGCUGCACAAGUGGUCUGAGAUGCCAGGAGUGGACUGUAAACUUGUCCCAGAGCACAUUGAAACAAGGACCCUCUACCUCAAAGACAAACCAGGAAUGGACCAGGGCCAGUUGCAGAUGUGGGUAGACAUUUUUCCAAUGGACAUGCCGCAUCCUGGCCCUCCUGUGGACAUCUCCCCUCGCAAACCAAAAGGGUAUGAACUAAGAAUUAUUAUCUGGAACACUGAAGAUGUUAUACUGGAGGACACAAACUUCAUAACAGGACAGCAGUCAAGUGACAUUUAUGUCAAAGGGUGGUUAAAGGGUCUUGAAGAUGAUGGUCAGGAGACAGAUGUCCAUUACAAUUCCCUGACUGGGGAGGGCAACUUCAACUGGCGCUUUGUUUUCCCCUUCAACUACCUGCCGGCUGAGAAAGUGGUGGUGGUAAAGAAAAGAGAAAAUAUCUAUUCUCUGGACAAAACUGAGCAGAAGAUCCCUGCAGUCCUUGUUAUGCAGGUGUGGGACUUUGAGAGGCUCUCUUCUGAUGACUUCCUAGGCUCAGUGGAGUUGGACCUGCAUGGGUUUCCACGUGGUGCUAAAUCAGCUAAAGCCUGUAAGAUGGAGAUGCUGACAGAAAGCACUGAGAACAUUUCUAUCUUCCAGCAGAAACGCUCCAAAGGCUGGUGGCCCUUCAUUAAAGCUGGAGACCUCAUGGGGAAGGUCGAAGCAGAGUUCCACCUGGUGACAGCUGAAGAGGCAGAGAAAAAUCCAGUCGGCCGUGCACGCAAGGAGCCAGAGCCUCUGGAGAAACCAAAUCGGCCGGACACAUCCUUCUCCUGGUUUAUGAAUCCUUUCAAGUGCUUCUUUCACCUGAUCUGGGGGAACUACAAGAAAUACAUAAUUGCAGGCCUGGUGCUGCUGAUUGUGACCUUGUUCUUGGUUCUUAUCUUCUACACCCUACCAGGGGCAAUCAGUAGUAAAAUAGUCAGUGGUUGAGCAAAUC